CGCAGGUGCCUUCUCAAAGGCCCACAGUCCUCCACUUCCUGGGGUGUCAGCCACAGAACAAAGCCAGCAGAGACUCCUUCAGUGCCUCCCUUUCUCCUCAUCCUCCCAGGCAUAGCUGCCUCUGCCUCCGGGCGCUAUCCCAGGGGAGCAGAAGAUGAAGUGGAAAGUGUCAGUUCUCGCCUGCAUCCUUCACGUGCAGUUCCCAGGAGCAGAGGCACAGAGCUUUGGUCUGCUGGAUCCCAAACUCUGCUACCUGCUAGAUGGCAUCCUCUUCAUCUAUGGAGUCAUCAUUACGGCCUUGUACCUGAGAGCAAAAUUCAGCAGGAGUGGAGAGGCUGCUGCCUACCUGCAGGACCCCAACCAGCUCUACAAUGAGCUCAAUCUAGGGCGAAGAGAGGAGUAUGACGUCUUGGAUAAGAAGCGGGCUCGGGAUCCCGAGAUGGGAGGCAAACAGCAGAGGAGAAGGAACCCCCAGGAAGGCGUGUACAACGCACUGCAGAAAGACAAGAUGGCAGAGGCCUACAGUGAGAUCGGCACGAAAGGCGAGAGGCGGAGAGGCAAGGGGCAUGACGGACUUUACCAGGGUCUCAGCACUGCCACCAAGGACACCUAUGAUGCCCUGCAUAUGCAGGCCCUGCCCCCUCGCUAACAGCCGGGGGAUUUCUCCCUCAUGGGCCUCACCCGCUGAUGUCACUUGCGAAGGACAGAGGACGAAGCAUGAACACCUCAGUUUAUUAACUUCACAGCUCCCCGUUUCACGAGGAGGAUACUUUCUCUUAUGUGCCACAUUUGUCUUCUCCAGUUCCAAAGCACUGAACACAGAAUGUCAUCAUCCCUGGACUCUCUAGAGGGAGAGCUCCCCUCGCUUUCACACCCCAGCCCUGUUCUUGGGUCUUCUGGCAGGUUCCUCUCCCUGCAGAGCCCAGCCCCUAGCUAGGAGUUGGGAGGUGAGGCACUAACACAACCCCUUCUGCAGCUAGCUGAGUUCAGUUUGCUUUGUAAAGUCCCCAGAGAAGCCCCCCCCCCCCCGUACUGUGUGUGUUGUUCCAUUGGUAUUGGCUGCUUCGCUCCUGCUGUAAAUUUGGCUUCUGUUGUCAUCCUUCCCAGUGUCAAGGUAACGUGUAAUUAGGCCACAUUGUGAAAGGCAGAGGCGGGUACAAGGCAAAUGUCAGCAGCCAGAGGUGGCUCAAAGAAGGGAAGCAACAUGUAAGAAGGCUCCUGGCAUAGAACAGUAACAAGGGGCCUCUUUCCAUCAAGCGUACCUUCCACAUCUCCCAACCAUUGUGCUAGGUACUCCAGGAAUGGAGACGUCUUACCUUCAUGGAGACUGUGCUGUAGAGUGCAAAUAAUGCAUACAAACUGACAUGGAGAAUAGGAUGGGCCAUGACAAGGGGUUGAGAGGAAGGGGAGCAAAGGCCCGCCUUCUUCCAGGAACUCGGUUCAUCCCAUUGGGUGGCAAGAAGACCCAGACCACCCAGGUCUGCAAUGCUCCCUUUGUAAUGGCACAAUAGUGAAGGGCAACGUCAUUGUGUAAUUAGAGUGCCUGUGACCACGGAUGGGGAACCCUGAACUCCUGGGUUUUAAUUUAUACUGGCUUGCUAUUUUGCAUAAUAAAUGCCUUGUAAAACAUGA